AUGCUGCCGCUGUUGGUUAUGCCGCUGGCCUCGGAAGACCCGUGUCUCGAGAGCAAUGUCUUCCGGGACCCGCACAUCAAUUUUGCCUACGGAGGCUCCGCCGACCUGCGCGGCCGCCACAACACGCUCUACAACUUCCUGUCUGCGCCCGGACUGUCGGUGAACGUCAAGACGGAGGAGGCUGUCUUCAAGAUGCACGGCGGUGCCCUGACCAUCAACGGCACCUUUCUCACCGAGGCGCACAUCACCGCGCAGCUCUCCCCGCAGAAGCUCGCCACGGCCUCAUUUUUCGCGUCGGAGCUCUCGUCCAACAACUUUGGGUGGCAGGUGGUGAACGGAACCUGCGUCGGCCGCCCCUUCAAGUUCGGCGCUCACGGCAAGAAGGAUUGCUUCGGCCUCAAGAUGGCAAUGGACUACUCGAGCGCCACCUUCGCAUUCCGAAACUGGACCAUGAAGGUGCACGGCAUGCACACGUGCAAGGGCUGCCUGGUCUCGGGCGCCGAGCACCGCCUCGACAUCGGAUUCUCCGCGCGCGGCGACGCGCCAUCUCGCGACAGACCACACGGCCUAAUCGGCCAGUCGUACACGCGGCAAGAGCCACUCAACGGAAAGAAGGACCUCUACCCUUGGGCCGGCUUCUACACCACCAGCGCCCAGGCCGAGGGCGCCAUCGAGGGCACGGCGUCCGACUACGAGGUGCUGAGCGCACACGCAUCCAAGUUUCGCUUUUCGCGCUUCGACGCGAUGAGGGGCGAGCCCGCAUCCAAAGACGGUGCAAAAGCAGCCGACACGGUCGAUGCUUCGUCCAUCGAGCGCCUCGCCGAUCCCGCUGUGGAAGAGGAGCGCCGCCGCCUCUCCGAGGAGCAGAAAGGCUAUGUCCACACCAAUGCUUGGAGGACGGUCAAAAUCAUGGAUGAGGCCGAGGUGACGCGUCUCAGUAAGGCGGUGUGGGAAGACCCGUAUCCGACAGAGGGCCUGAGGCAGACUGCGUACAACAAGAUGCUGCAAUACCCGCAUGCUCGCCGCGUGGACGAGCAGAAGGCACCCCAGGCUCGCUCUAUGCAGACUUUUUCUCGGGGGGGCAUUACAUAUUCUGUAUGGAUCCCAUCUGCGCUCAACUCUGGACAGGCAACCAGGAUGCCUUAUUACGGAAAGGAUUCUGACAAUUGGUUGAAGGCCAUGGGCGCCGAGAGAACAUUCCCCCGAGAGGACAAAAAGAAAAAAGAAAAAGCUUACCCCGCCGACGAUGCGGCGUCCGUGUCGCCUCUCUGGUUCGCGUCGAGGCCAAAGCUGCCUCCGAUGCUGCUGCUGACGGGCGGAGCGGACCAGGUCGUGCCGUGCGACCAGACGACUCGCUUUGCAGAGGCGGCUCGCGGCGCCGGGAAUGACGUCACGCAGCUCAUCUUUGAGGAGGCGGGUCACGGCGGCGGCGCCGUGAAUUGCGCUGCAGGGCGUCGUGCGACACUCGACUUCCUCCGCUCCAACGGCCUGCUCACCGGGCCCGAGAGGGAGUCGGACGACCCGCGCGACGCACUCGGCGGGACGAUGAGAGCCUUCAAGCUGCAGGCUGUCGAGUACUCGCCGCCGCCGCUGCCGCUUCGCCCGGCGGCGACGCUCAGGCUGCGGCCUCGCCUGAUACCAAAGUGA